AAAUGGCCGAGGCCAGUAUUUCAGUAGAUCAGCUUUCUGUGGACCAGUUCAUGUGUCCAGUGUGUCUGGAUCUCCUGAAGGAUCCGGUGGCUAUCUCCUGUGGUCACAGUUUCUGUAAGGCGUGUAUUAAUGGCUGCUGGGAUCAGGAGGAUCAGAAGGGCGUCUACAGCUGUCCUCAGUGCAGAGACACUUUCACUACAAGGCCUGUUCUACGCAGAAACAACAUGCUGGCUGAAGUGGUGGAGAAACUGAAGAAGACUGAAGAUCUGAAAAAGAGACUUGAGGAAUUCUGUGAGGAGGAAUUCAACAAAAUCCCUCCACAUGCUGCAGCAGUUCAGAUCAUUUCAGGACCAGAACCACAGAGCAGAGAAGAGUUUCUGAAAUAUUUCUGUUAUCUGACUCUGGAUCCCAACACGGCACAUCGUCUCCUCAUUCUGUCUAAGAAGAACAGAGCGGUGAGAUACAGUGAGAGAGAGCAGCGGUACUCUGAUCAUCCAGAGAGAUUUGAUUCCUGGUGGCAGGUGUUGUGUAAGGAGAGUGUGUGUGGACGCUGUUACUGGGAGGUGGAGUGGAGCGGUAAUGGUGGUGUGUCCAUAUCAGUCUCAUAUAAAGACAUCAGCAGGAAAGGACGGGGUAAUGAGUGUCGUUUUGGAUUCAACAAUCAGUCCUGGAGACUGGGUUGUUUUUCUUCUUCUCUCUCUUUCUGUCACAACAGCAUUGAGACUGAUCUCAGAGUUCCAUCAGCCUCCAGAAUAGGAGUGUAUGUGGAUUACAGUGCAGGAACUCUGUCCUUCUACAGCGUCUCUGACACGAUGAAGCUCCUCCAGAGUCCACACCACAUUCACUCAGCCUCUAUACGCUGGGUUUGGGGUCUACUGGAGUUCUACAGUGAGAUUGUAUGAUCCAGAAUAAAAGUGUGUGUAGUGUUUUCUGUAAAAUUCCUGCACGUUGCCACGCUGUUGCUCAGUCGUCUGUUUCACUAGAACACAAUCCAGCUGCACAAAAACACUCAUUUUAAUAUUUAAAUUAAAACGGAUGAAUAAUUUAAAAUAAUUAAAAAGGAAAUGUUAAAAAUUAACUGGCAGACAAGAAACUUGUCAAAUUUAAAAAGAAAAUGAUCUCAUGACCUUCGCAUUAUAAAGUUCUGUUUGUUUCAUAUUAAGCAGCGUCUCAUUAAAUAACUAAUAAACAGUAAUAAAGCCAGAACAGAACAACAUUUUAAACCUGUUCAGGUCACACUAUAUAAAAAUAAAACAUCACUUUUGGAAUGAAUUUGAUUUUUCUGCUUGUGUUCUAAGAUGUAAA